GAACACAGGAGUGGCCACCAUUCAGUCCUGGGCGGUGGUGACGCGCGCAACACAGCUCGCGCUGAUGGCCAACGAUAUCCAGUAGCGAGUUGUGUCGCGCAUGUGUGUGGUGUCUUCAAAUAAUUCUAGGUCACUCUAGGGCUUGUGACUUUGGUGCUGAGGUUCGGCUGCGGUUUUGGAAAAGCUUUAGUUGGGGGUGGAGUAACUAGAGCGAUGUUCCCCGCGAAGAGCCCGGUAGUGUGCCAGUUAUACCGACGGAGAGAAGAGGAUGAUGACUCUAGCGUCUCGUGCGGGCACGAUAACCCAGCCUUCGUUAGCGUGCCAUUAGACGAAGGCGACGCAGCAGCGGGAGCCAACGCCAGCAAUAUCAACUUAGGUACUAGAGGGAAUGUAACAGUCAGUGCCCCGCCGUCAGCAUCGAAGGACAUCUCCCUCCUCAAGAAUGGUCCCCCCGACAGGCAAGACACCCACAAGCUGCCAAACGGAAAACCCCAAGGAUCUGUGGAACAAAAAGAGGUCAUCAGCAGCUGUGGGGAGGCCAAGCCUGCUGUUACCCAGCAGGUUCUGGCUGCUUUUCUGGCAGCCUUGACCCACGUGGCUCUGGGUGCCAUCGUGGGUCUUCCUGGGGUAACCCUUCCCCAGCUCACUGACCCUCGCUCCUCUGACCUCCAUCUUGGCAUUAACCAAGUGGCACUCUUUGGAAGUUUGAUUCACGUGGGUGGAGUGAUCGGGUCUAUGGUAGGCGGGGUGCUCAACAUGCGGGUUGGACAGCGGGUCACCCUGCUGGUGGCCAUGCCCUUGUCACUGGUGUUGUGGCUCGCCCUCGCCUUCACCCCCUCCGUCUGGCUCCUCCUCUUCCUGCGCGCACUGCUCGGAGCCACCCAGGGGCUCGUCGGCGCUGCCUCCAAUAAUUAUGUGGUGGAAAUUGCACAAAAAGAAAUACGUGGUCGAUUAACGGGGUUUACCGACACUGGACGACAAGUGGGGUUCCUGCUGGUGUAUGUGGUGGGCAGCCUGGACCUGACGUGGCGGGAGGUGAUGCUAGUGUGUGGCUGCAUCACUGCCGUUCCUCCCUUUAUUGGGCUCCUCUUCAUGCCAGACUCUCCACGUUGGCUGGUCACCAAAGGCCGCUUGGAAGAAGCUCGCAAGGCUCUCGCUUUCUUUAGAGGUCCUCGCUAUGAUUCCCAGCCGGAAUACGAUGAUAUCAUUCAACAGUUUGAACACACCACCAACAACAAGACUGGCUUUAGUGACCAAAUGAAUCAAAUGCGUGAACCCUCUGUAUUUCGUCGGAUGGUGUUUUUAGCUUUUCUUAUGGUUGCUGUUCAGUUUACGGGCAACAUGUCCAUAGCCACCUACGUUGUGCCAAUUUUCCAAGCUUCCAACUCCACUUUUAACUCCUACACAAGUGCCAUUUUGAUUGGCUGCAUCCGAGUGGUGGGAACAGUGGUGUCCCAGCUGCUGGCGGACCGUCUGAGCCGCAGGAUUAUGGUGAUUAUUCCUUGCCUCGCAUGCUCAGUAACACUGGCAGUCCUCGGAGCGUACUUCUUCGUGCAGAGCCAACAGAUGGAUGUCAGCAGCAUCGGCUGGUUACCCCUGACCGCCCUCAUGGUCUACACCCCGUUUGUCUGCAUAGUUCAAGCAGCAAUAAGCAUUUUGCGGGCAGAGAUCUUACCCACCUCCAUCCGAGCGUUCUCCGCAGCCAUCAUGUAUGUGUUUUUCUUCAUGGGAAUGUUUGCGGCCACCUACACCUUCCCAGCCAUGGUAGGAACCAUAGGAGAGUACGGAGCCUUCUGGAGCUACAGCGCCUCUUGCGUGAUCAUCGCCCUGGUGGUGGGCCACGUCCUGCCAGACACCCGAGGCCUCUCCUUGGAGCAGAUCGAUGAUCUCUUCAGAUAUGGCAAGAAAUACAUCAUGCAAUCAAUGAAUUCCAGAUUUCCGCCUCAGAAGAUCCCCUGA